GAGGCAGAAAAGGCUUCUACAAUCUAUUUAUAAUUCCAUCAUUAAUGGCUAAAACUAAUUCCUCUUUGUUAUCUCUUCAGUUCUUUCUCUUUCUCUUCCUUUGCUUGCCUUUCUUUUCCUUAGCCAGCCUCCAUAAAACAACCAAUCUUCUUUCAAAAAUUUCCCUCGGUGACAACCCACCAAAUCAAUACUUUGAAGUGACCAAACCCAUUAUAGUACCGAAAACUAAACCUUGUUCUCACCUUAUUCUCCAGCAUGAUUUCGGGUUUACUUAUGGAAAGCCUCCAGUUCUUGCCAACUACUCUCCUCCAUCUCAUUGCCCAUCCCAAGCUUUCACCAAAAUUGUUCUUGAGUGGAAAGCAACCUGCAAAGGAAAUCAAUAUGAUCGAAUUUUUGGGGUUUGGCUAGGCGGCGUAGAGCUCCUCAGGGGCUGCACAGCGGAACCUACAGAGUCUGGGAUUGAAUGGAGUGUUGAGAAGGAUGUAACAAGGUAUUACUCUUUGCUUGUGAAGAAAGAAACUCAAACACUAGCAGUUUAUCUUGAUGGUUUAUGGUAUGAAAUUGUGAACUCGAGUGACACAAAGUUGAAGGAAUUCAAAAUGCCCCAAAAUGUUUAUAGAGCUGUGCUCGAGGUCUACAUAUCAUUUCAUGAGAAGGAUGAAUUUUGGUAUGCAAAUCCCCCAAAUGACUACAUUGAUGCAAAUGAUCUAAAAACCCCCGGGAAUGGACCUUUUAGGGAGGUAUUAGUCAGUCUUGACGGUAGAGUUGUUGGGGCAGUCUGGCCUUUUACAAUUAUCUACACUGGUGGUAUCUAUCCCCUCUUCUGGAUCCCCAUUUCUGGCAUUGGCUCUUUCAGUUUACCUUCUUAUGACAUUGAAAUAACUCCAUUCCUCGGCAACAUUUUGGAUGGAAAGCCCCAUAAAUUGGGGUUCAGCGUUACUAAUGCCCAGAAUAUUUGGUUCAUAGAUGCAAACCUGCAUCUUUGGUUGGAUACCAGAAGCACAAAAACAGAAGCGAAACUAUUGAAAUACAACUGCACCCCACUCUUUAUUUCCACUGCUUCGCGGUUCAAGGGCUUGAAUGGAAUGUUCAAAACAACUGCAAACAGGUCUAUAUCUGCUACAGGAUGGGUUAAAUCAUCCUUCGGGAAGAUCACAACAACCACAUUUCAACAGCUGAGCUUCAACAAUGCCAUGGAGUUGGAAAACGAUGGGGAUUUUCAGGCUGUGAAUCAGACGAUUCAUUUCAAUGCAUUUGUUACCGCAGAGCUGCCUAAUUUCUAUUAUAUUCAUGCAAUGGAAUCUUUAAAAACCUUUCCUCUCACCUUGUUUUUCAACAUCUUAGAUAUAGGAAAUGAAACAAUUGUUUCUGUUGCCAAUGUCAGUUUGGGAUUCAAUGAAGAGAAGUAUGAAAAGGGUGCCGGUUUCAGGGCAUUGUUCUCGAGCUCUCUCAAGAAUUUGCAGAGUGCAGAGUCUGCUUUGGUUUUGAACGGUAACUUGAUUUUGAGCAACUAUUGGGGUACCCAACAAGUAUACAAGUAUCACGGAAAUGACUUGUGUUACUUGAGGAACAUUAGCAGCUUAAGGAACAGCAUUGUUUAUGAUAAAGUGGGUAACAUUUGUGAUCAAGGAGAAGCUUCAACUCUUGGCAUGGCUUCUAUAUAGCAUCCGGUUGAUUUCAGAACUGGCUUUAGAUUCUUCUGCUGCUAAAUAAACGGAAUCUACAAAGGGAUUUUAUGGCACUAAUGGUCCCUGUACUCUUAAGCUUUCAUGGUGUUUAGUAUAUCCAGCUACUAUUUAAGAAAAGGACUUAAUUAUU